UCGAAAAAGAAGGAUUUCAAAGUUCAUCCUGAGUCUGCUUCUAAAAAAAUAUUUAUUUGUCAACAUGUCAACACAAGUCCAUGACAAUGUCAAGCAAUAUUAUGGUUCUCGCCUGGAGUCCACCUGUGAUCUGCAGACCAAUGCUGCCUGCUCUCUACCCUGCAGGCCAAUGCCCAAGAGUGCUAUAGAGGCCCUCAAUCUCGUUCACCCUGAAGUAACCAAACGGUUCUUUGGCUGUGGUCUUCCUGUUCCAGAGAAACUUCAGGGCUGCAGAAUCUUGGACCUGGGCAGCGGUUCCGGCAGAGACUGCUAUGCCCUCAGUAAACUGGUUGGCGAGACUGGCCAUGUCACAGGCAUUGAUAUGACUGAGGAACUGAUUCUAGUCUCCCGUAAAUACAUCCCAUAUCACCAGGAGAAGUUUGGCUUUGAGAAACCCAACACCACCUUCCUCCAGGGGUAUAUGGAGAAGCUAACUGCAGCUGGCGUUGAGAAUGAUUCUAUGGAUAUCAUAGUGUCAAACUGUGUCAUCUGUUUAUGCCCUGAUAAGAAAACGGUGCUACGUGAAGCCUAUAAGGUCCUCAAGGAGGGUGGUGAAUUGUACUACAGUGACAUGUAUGCCAGCAAUGUUGUUCCUGACCACUUAAAAGAAGAUUCAGUUCUGUGGGGUGAGGGAAUGGGCGGUUCCCUCUAUUGGCGCGACUUUAUCUCAUUGGUCCAGGAGGUGGGCUUCAGCACACCUCACCUCAUCUCAGCCAGUCACAUUGAGGUCCACAACUGCGAGCUCAAAAAGAAAGCAGGUGAUAUUAGCUAUGCAUCUGGCACUUACCGGCUCUUCAAGUUGCCCAAAAAGCUUGAGAUGUCAAGUGCAAUAGUGACCUACAAGGGGACAGUGCCUGACUACCCAUGUCAGCUGGAGUUUGACUCCUCCCACUGCUUCAAGAAGGACGUGGCGCUGCAGGUGGAUGGGGAGAUGGCUGCUAUCCUUCAGUGCUCUCGCUUCUCCUCGGACUUCUGCAUCCAGAAGUACGGCCACCUCAACCCAUUUCUGCUGGCCGAUAAGCUGGGCUCCUCAGUGAAGCAGUGCUCCAAAACAGGCAAAGCCGCAGGAGGCUGUGGGGAGACUUAACUAACUACACCUGGAUGACAUCAUAUCCAUGAAGGACCCUCCUCAGAGUGACAGGGUGUAUGUCCCAAUAGUCUCUCCUUCCUCCUGAAGUGUGCACUCAUUCAUUACUUCCCACAAAUCUAAAAUCAUUGGAUUGUUGUUGGCCUGGGCUAUUGGGAGUUUCCACCAUAUUUCUUAUACCAGUCAUUUCAUAACAGUGAAGGGAAGUGAACAAGUGCACUUGAAGGAGAGGUUAUUUGGAUCACCCAAUGUGACAGAACAGACGUCAAUUUUGAUGUCCGUACCUAUGUAGCACAAAUUAUAUAAAAAGGGUUGUAGUGUUUCUUUUCAGACUGAAAAGCCUACUGUGCCUUGAAAUACUAUAUUUUCCUCCCAUGUCCAGCUCAUAGAUUUAAAUGGCAAUGGUUGUUUUAUUAUGUGA